AUGACCGAGCUCCUCUACCACCUAACUCGGAGCGGUCGCAUGGAUGACCUCAUGUACGGGAUCAUCAUGAACUUCAGCUGGCUCUACACCAUGAUCAAGAUAGGGCAGUUUGAGAAGGCACUGACCGACAUAGAUGUAGCCUACAGCUACUCCCAGGAGAAAGAACUAAAGUUUUUGGCCACCACGCUGCGCAGCAUCAAGGUCAAAGUGAUGAAGAACCCGGCGUCCCUGUCCGCAGAGCUGCAGCAGAGGCUCCUCCCCGUGGUCACCUCUUUACCCAAGCUUCGACACCUCCUCCUGGAGUGCGACAAGGACGGACCCAAAUACUGCUCCAUUGUGCCCCUCCACUCCUCCAUGGAUGUCACCUACAGCCCUGAAAGGCUGCCGCUGUGCUCCAGCUACAUGCAGAUCGUGGAGAUCCUGCCCACCCUAGCCCCCAACAUCGUACUUGUGGCCCUGGAGGAUGGGUCCGUGAGCACAUGGGAUGUGGAGAGCAGGCAGCUCCUCCGGCAGAUAGACACGGCCCGCUCGGUUGUCCUGGGAAUCAGGCUAACCAGCGAUGAGAAGUACCUGGUCGUGGCAACCACCAAGAACACACUGCUCAUAUAUGACAACCAUAAGUCUUGCCUGCUGUCCGAAGUGGACAUCAAAGGCUCCAAACACUGUGGUAUCACAGGAGGGGUGGCUUUCAUCAACGGGUUCAACCUGUCCAGCCAUCAUGCCUUGGCCUGGCUAGAGGCCAGUAAAGAUGUCAAUGUCAUCGAUCUGCUCUAUGGCUGGCCCCUCUACCAGUUCCACUGCUGGUAUGAGGUCACCUGCGUCCAAUGCUCCCCGGAUGGAAUGUAUGCCUUCUGUGGUCAGUACCUCAACACCACAUCCAUCUUCCAUCUGGGGACCGGGGACAAGCUAGCUACGGUCACGUCGGAGUUCUCCGGGGGAUUUGUCAAGUCCAUCUUGGUCUUGGACACCAUUCACCAGAUGGUGAUGAUCGAUAAUGAGGGGAGCCUGUCAGUGUGGAACACCAAAGAGAUCACCAAUCCCAGACUGAUGGAAGAUUAUGACUGCCGGGGGGACGAGAACGAGGUGGUAGGUAUCGAGCUGUCAGAAGACCAGCGCUCCAUCCUCAUCUGCAAAGACAAGAGCAUCGAGGUCCUAGACACCAAGUUGUGGAAGAUGGCAGAGAAGUUCAAGGCCAAGCGCGCUGAGCGAUUCGUGGCUGCAGUCCUCUCCAAAAAUGGCCAAAGUAUCGUGGCCUCCAUGGAGAACACGUCGUCCAUAUUUGUGUGGAGGAGGGACAGUGGACAGUGCAUGGCCAGCCUGAUUGAGAUCUCUGGGGCCAUUGUCAAACUCAUCAAGUCCACCCACCAUAACCUGCUCCUGUCUGUGGCCAGCAGUGGCGUGCUAUCAGUCUGGGACAUUGACAUCAUUACAGCCAUGUCCAACAUCGACAAAACAGGCAAGAGGAUCCAGAGCUUACAGCUCUCUGGCAGGGAGGACUUUGUGUUCACCAUGGACGGCUCCGAAGCCAUCCACAAGUGGAACUUCAGCACAGGCUUCAUAGAGACGGUCUUCAAGCAUGAGGGCUUGGUGGAAAACUGUGUCCUGACAUCCUCCGGGGAUCUCAUGGUGACGUCUGAUGACAAGUGCAGCCAGUACAUCUGGCACACGGCCACUGGCGAAAACAUCUUCCGCAUUAACGGACAGAAGAUAUCCCAACUCCUGAUGACCCACAACGACCAGUUUGUGGUUUCCCUCUGUGAACAGAACUGCUCCCGAGUCUGGAGGCUGGCCACUGGACACAAGGUGUGCAACAUCCUGGUGACCCUCCAGAAUGCACUGAUCACCACCGCAAACACCUUCCUGGUGGGGACCACUAAAAACAAGCUGCUCGCCGUUAGCCUCUGGUCAGGCAGUAUUUCGAAGAAGUUUGUCUGUGACGAUGGCAUUAGCAUUGUCAACUUCAAGCUCAUUCCUGACUGCCCUGACUUUGUUGUCUUCAUCACAUCUACAGAGACUGUGUUUAUAUGGAGUGUGGCAGAUGAGUCUGUCUGCAGACGGGUCCAGCUGCCUACUAACUUCCUAAAAAAUCUGGAGGAGUUCCAAAUUUCACCAAACGGGAAACUGGGCAUCAUCUCCAAAGGCGACGAGAACAUUAACGUGUUGGAUCUUCAUAGUGGGAAGCUGAGGCUUGUCCACGCCGCCGGUAUCAUCUGGCGGCAGAAGCUGUCGAGGGACGGGCGCUACCUGGUCUAUGUCUGCUUCCGGAACAGUGAUGAGGACGAUGAGGCGGGCGUGGUGUCCAACCUGAUCGUGAUGCGUCUGGCGGACGGAAAGAGCAUCGGGACAUGCUCCCUCUACAAGACGCCCACCUUCCUCUGCCUGUGCCAGCGAGCGCUCAACAUCAUCAUCGGCUUCGAGGAUGGCAGCAUCGGCACCUAUACGGUGGUGGACAGGGUGGACGCCGCGCUCAAGAUCAAGAUUGCCACAUCCAACAGUCGGCAGAUUGUCAACAACGCCUCACAAAAGAUAAGGCCCAAGUGUGGCAACCACACCUUCAAGACCAUUGCAGACUGCGUGUGGAGGGAGUCCACCGAGGUCUUCUCCAGGGAUAGCCCCAUCAAUGUGUCUGACUCUGGGGAGGCUGAGACCACCAUCCCCACCAAAAAGAGCGAACUGUUGCAGUGA